CAUCCCUUUUUUUUUUUUUUUUUUUUUGUAUUCAUUUGCAUCAUGGCGGUCCAUCAACAUACAUUUUUAAGUCUAAACUGUUUUUUAAUGGGAGCAUCAUCAUGUCUUGCUCUCCUAUUUGUUCGAACCUUUCUUCAUAUUGCAGCAUUAAUGCCAGCUUUUCUGUGUAUAGAUUACCUUUACUUGAAGUCUUUUCUUGUAGAUGAAGAAUACAGGGUCGGGGUGCGCGCUACACUUCUAGGUCUUGUCUUUUCAAUUGGUGUUGUUUUAGUCGACCUGGGUUCAAGUGCGCUGAAACCCAUGGGAAUAUACACAUGUUUUUUGUCAAUGUUUCACUUCACUGAAUUUCUUGCAAUAGCUGUAACCAACCCUAAAUCACUCUCAGUGCGAUCAUUUGUUCUUGACAAUGGUUUAGAGUACAAGGUGGCAGCUAUUGCAUGCUGGAUAGAAUUUUUUGUGGAAUUAUAUCUAUUUCCAGGUUUGAAGACUAUGUGGUAUUUUAGUGUUCUGGGAUUUGUCAUGUGUUUUUCUGGAGAAUUUCUUCGGAAACUUGCCAUGUGGACUGCCAGUUCAAACUUUAAUCACGAAGUCCAAAGUGUUCAUGCUGAUGGUCAUGUACUUGUGACUCAUGGAGUCUAUCAAUACAUGAGACAUCCAUCGUAUGUUGGAUGGUUUAUUUGGUCCAUUGGAUCUCAGGUUCUAUUAAUUAAUCCUAUUUGUAUAGUAGGAUAUGCUAUAGUAAGCUGGUCGUUUUUUCGUGAAAGAAUAUUUUAUGAAGAAAUUACGUUGCUUAACUUUUUCGGCGCUGAAUAUCAUGAUUAUCAACAGAAAACUGGGACCGGUCUCCCAUUCAUCAGAGGAUACAUUCUUGAUGAAGACCAUAGUACAUAACUUCAAGAUGGGAGAAUAUUUUUUUUCUACCAUCAAGUUGUGGAUCUGUUUGUUGUGUUUGUAAUUUUUUUUGUGUGAAAGGGCAUUUCUAUUAGAAAUUAUCAUCCUACUCAUACAAAAAAAUAUUCCCUAUGGUUAAAAACAUUAACAACUCUGAAAAUGGCUACAAUUUACCUGAUUAAAAUUUCAAUUUCAUAUCAUUGUAUUUUAGUGUAUCUUUUCUUCAGACGACAUCAGCAGAACUACAGUCUAUUGUGAAGCAUGAUUGGCAAGAAUUUAAUUUUGCAGUCAUUUAAAUAUUCUUUUUCUGUUGCUCCUUUAGACGUUUAAUCAUAACACAAAUGUUAACAAAAUUUUGGGACGAGUUCUAUGCUGUUGAAUGAUAAAUAACAUUACUACUCUGCCUUGAUAGGGAGGUAAUCUCUCCUAAUCAGGGUUUGUGCUAGUCUAGGUGUUGUGUGGAAGUCAGAAAAAUUUGUUCUGGGUGUGGAAAAAGUUCAAGGGGAGCCAAAUUCUUCUUGCUUAUUUUAAAUUAAUGUUUUGUUGGGUUUGUACUCAUUUUAGAGUCAAAAUAGAUUUAUUUUGUGGCGUUUUCUUGCUCCAAUGUGAUUUCUAGAAAUCAAGGGAAAAUGUGAGGGAAACUAGAAAUUUGUACCAGGUACGAACCCUGUUCUAACUGUUGUUUGGAUUCAAUGUAAUUGUUUGAUACUAAUAUCUGCACGGUUUAGACUGGCUACGAUUGUCAUUUAUUGGAUACGUUCGAGUGGGUUUUCGAGGCCUCUGAUUGGCUGAUUUUCAACUAGAACAUAUCCACUAUAUGACAAUCGUAGCCUGUCUAAACCGUGCAAUCAACUUGCUUAACCCAUGUAAAUUAAGUCAAAAUUACAUUGAAUAACAUAAUCUGAAUUGUACAUAUAGUUGUGACUAACUGACAGUGAUGUCACCUACAAUCUGACCAAUUCUUGAUGAAUCUUUGUUUCUUGGAAACCUGUCAUAAUUUUUACAGCCAUAUGGUUUGCUAAGUUUGUUUUAUGACUUGAUCUAAUAAUUUAAUAAUUUCUGAAACAAUUUUUGCUGAAAAGACACUGUGAUAUAUUAUUGGAAUGGAGGUAUUACUUUUUUUUUUCUUAUGUGAACUAAAAAGCCAAAUAAUAUGUUUAUCAAAUUUAA